CGUUCUCUGGCUAUUGUUUACAGAGAACUUGUUUAUUUACUUCUCUUCAAAAUGUAAAGAGAACGGACCAGUUGGUGAAAUUAAAUUAAGGAAACAUUUUUUUUUAUUUGUUUACUUUUGUGUGAGCUCCUUUAGUGUGGACCAAUUUUCGCAUCUACCUACUUUUUGCAAUCGAAAGAUCCUAUAGUGAAUUUAUUAUUAAAUCAAAGUUAAGCAAUUUGUUUUUUGCAACAUGUCUGAAAUGCGAAUCCGUCCGCGACAAGUGCUCAUACUUAUUAUCGUGUUCCUAGUGAUUUUGCUUAUUGUACAUCGCAAUGGAAAACACACCUGCCAGGGACCAGAAUUUUUGCAAGCAAUAUAUGCUAGAGACAAUGAGAAAUCGUUACCAAAAAUUUACGCGAUAACACCAACAUACACGCGCCCUUCACAAAAGGCCGAACUAACCAGACUAUCUCAUAUAUUCAUGUUAUUAUCCAACUUACAUUGGGUUAUAAUUGAGGAUGCGAACACAACUACGCCCGUCGUUCGGAACCUGUUGAGGCAAGCAGGUUUAUCAGAACGUUCAACUCAUCUGAACAUAAAAACACCAGUGGGCUAUAAAUUAAAAAAUAAAGAUCCCAAUUGGUUGAAACCGCGAGGCGUGGAGCAACGUAAUUUAGCACUAAACUGGAUACGUACAAAUGUAAAUCCAGAACAGCGUAGUGUGAUAUUUUUCAUGGAUGACGAUAACAGUUAUAGUGUUGAACUGUUUGUAGAAAUGAUGAAAAUAGAACCAGGUCGAGUUGGUGUUUGGCCUGUCGGCCUAGUAGGUGGUCUUAUGGUGGAAAAACCAAUACUUAAUGAGGAUAACACACACGUGAUUGGAUUUAAUGCAGCAUGGCGGCCGGAAAGACCUUUUCCAAUUGAUAUGGCUGCAUUUGCUAUUAGCACGGAUUUAUUAUUUAAAUAUCCACAAGCGCAGUUUGCGUAUGAGGUUGAACGCGGCUAUCAAGAGAGUGAAAUACUACGACAUAUAACAACUAGGGAAAAACUACAACCAUUGGCGAAUAACUGCCGUGAUGUACUAGUGUGGCAUACGCGUACGGAAAAAACAAAUUUGGUUUCUGAAGUUAAAUUAAAUAAAGAAGGAAAACGUUCCGAUGAAGGCAUGGAGGUUUAACACUAAGUUGCAAAAUAUAAAUUUGUAUCUUUUCCGUAGUAUUAUUUGCCUAAUUUGAAAAGUAGCGAUAAACCUGUAUUAUCUUUUGUUAUUUAAUGUGUACUUUCCAUUAUUACAUUCAUAACAAUAUGUAUUUGUUAUUUUACUUAAAUAACUUGCCAUAGGACCAAAAUGCUCAUAUUAAAAUAAGAUUUCAGAAACAUAUGUAUAUCACAGUACUUCCAAAAAAUAUAUGUGU